AGCAGCAGCAGCAGCUCGGUGUCAACCCGCUGACAAACGAUCAAAGCAGGACACUCGCGUUAUUCUCACAGCGUUAGAGAUGCGGACACUUGGAACUCUCGUAACUCUCGUAACUCUCGUAACUCCGGAACUUUUACUCUUCAUUUGUUUUUGAAGAAAUCAAAAAUACAUUUCUAUAUUUAAAGUUUACACCGUUUGCUAAACUUCCCACCUGGACCUCACUAACGAACCUACGAACGACGUCAUCAUGAUCCCCGAAUGUCCACGCGCCGGGGAGCCGAAGAGCCGAUGCUGCGUCGUGUUAAGCUCCGCAGCCGAACCGAGCCAGAACCAGAAUAACAACCAGAGCCACAACCAGAACCAGAGCCAGAGCCAGAGCCGCACUGUCAACGGCUUGUUGAGCGGAAUUCAAACCACCAUCAGAAAAGAAACGUUCACCGACCACUUCACCAUCAUCCCCGGCAAAGAGCUCGGCAGGGGGAAAUUUGCCGUGGUCAGGAAAUGUGUGGAGAAAUGCACGGGGCACGAGUACGCUGCCAAGUUCAUGAGGAAGAGGAGGAAAGGCCAGGACUGCAGGAUGGACAUCAUCCAUGAGAUCGCAGUGCUGGAGCUGGCCACAGUGAACCCCCGGGUGGUCAACCUCCACCAGGUCUAUGAGAUGGCCUCUGAGAUGGUGCUGGUCCUGGAGUUCGCGGCUGGAGGUGAGAUCUUCAACCAGUGUGUGUCAGAGCGAGAGGACGAGGCCUUUAGUGAGGAGGACGUGAAGAGGCUCAUGAGGCAGAUCCUGGAGGGAGUGACCUUCCUCCACCAGAACAACAUUGUUCACCUGGACCUGAAGCCACAGAACAUCCUGCUCACCAGCAGCUCUCCUCUGGGUGACAUCCAGAUCGUGGACUUCGGUCUGUCCAGGCUGGUCUGCAGCCACCAGGAGCUCAGAGAGAUCAUGGGAACUCCAGAGUAUGUUGCUCCUGAGAUUUUAAACUACGAGCCCAUAAGCACAGCAACAGACAUGUGGAGCGUCGGGGUUCUGGUCUACGUGAUGCUGACAGGAAUCUCUCCUUUCCUGGGUGAAGACAAGCAGGAGACGUUUCUCAACAUCUCCCAGCUCAACGUGAGCUACAUGGAGGAGGAGCUGCAGCAUCUGGACCGGGCUGCUGUGUCCUUCAUGCAGACGCUGCUCUGCAAAAACCCACAGGAUCGAGCCACAGCAGAGCAGUGUCUUCAACAUCCCUGGCUUCAAACCUCCAAGUCUUUGAAAAGCCAGAUGACGGAGGAGAUCCCACCAGUGGAGGAGCAGCAGGUCUGCAGGAGCACCAGUGUUCCUGAGGAGUCUCUCAGCAGCCCGACCACAGCGGAGGAGGAAGAGGAGAACCAGGAGGAGGAGGAGGAGCACCCAGUGACAGAGGAGCUGAUCGUUGUGGCUGCUUACACUCUGGGUCAGUGCCGCCAGUCGUCCACCUCAGAGGAGGCGGCUCUGGCUGCCGAGCAGGAGGCCGUGUCCAAGCGCUUUAAGUUUGACGAACCCUUCAGUGUCCUGCAGGAGGUUCCUGGAGAGUUCAUCUACUGACCACACGCACACGCACACACGCACACACACACACACACGCGCACACGCACACACACCCACCACCACCCUUUUUCUCCACUAGUUGAUGCCGUCACAGUAAAAAUCUCCAUAUAUGCACAUUUUAAAUCAGAUGCUGUCACAGUUCAGUUUUAUUUAAGAGACUCUUUGUUUUCGUAUUUCUCCCACAAUGCAUCACUUCCAUCUCGUCCUAACAUGACUACAGUAUAGUUUUUUAUUAUAGUUCAUGUUUUUUAUUUGGUUGUUCUGAGUCAGACAUGACACUGAAAACUGUCACAGAUCAAAUCUUUGUCGUCAUCUUUUUCACCAACAAACAAACAAAGAAGCAGAGAGACUGAGGCUGAUCCAGGGUCAGGGUCGGGGUCGGGGUCGGGGUCAGGGUCAGGGUCAGGGUGCAUGGAAAUAAAACAUGUGCUGCAGUGGAUGUGGGCGUGUCUAAAAGCACUGCCCACUUUCUUCAGAGCUCAUGUUCAUCAGUAGAUCUGAUCAGAAACAUCACUCACGUCCAUGGUGACAGUUACUGAACACUCAUAUUAUUCAUGUGUGUGUGUGUGUGUUUAUUGAUAAAAGAAUGAAAGCACAGGCUUCUGUCUUUGGUAUCAUAUGAUAUUUGUUAUUUAAGCACUUCCUCCUCUUAUUUCGACUUUCUCUGUCAUCUGUAGAAAUAUCGGAGGUUUUUUAUGGAACACUAAAUGGAUUUUGUUUAUAGACAGUUUUCAAAGCCUCGGCAUGUUCUUCCUCUCACACUGAACUUUUCUUUGGAGCAAUAAUUCCACAUCAUCAUUGUCCAUGUCGACACUGUGAGCUCUGUGACUAUAAGAAAGUGUUUGUACAUGAAAAUCUCCAACUGUAAAUAAACAUUUGUAAAGUGUG